AUGGAAACACAAAUUCAAGAGUGGUUUUAUGGGCUGUUUUCGAAGCUGUGUUCUUGCUUCGAUGACCUUGGACAGAUAUUUUACCUAAAAAGAUUUUUGAAGUUCGCCGAGUUGUAUGAAAGUGAACAGCUUAUUAUUACAAAUUAUCCAAGAAUAUUAUUUUAUUCUCAAGCAAUUCAUGUGAAAGCAGUCCCUUAUCUAUGCUUUAUUGGAUCCUCAUUACCGAUAAAUGCUCUUUGUAGACAUCGUACAACUUGUGGUGGGAUGAUUUCUUUUCCUUACUUUGAAUUUGAAAGUUGUCUAAAAGCAAAUAUAAUUGAAAAGGAAGCUUCUACAAAUAUUUUUGCGCGAAAGUUCUUACCCGCAAAUGACUUGUAA